UCUGUUUUUUUUUCCGCUCCCCCCCAAGUCCUGUCCCUCGCCUUCCACGCCCUUUCCACUUCCUGGGGCCGGCGGAUGGCGGGGACACAGGCAGCCUAAGCCCGCCGGCCCCGGGAAUCGAACCGGGGUACCUGCCGAGGGAGCGGCCGGCCCUGCCAUGGGCGAGAGGAGCCACCGGGGUUUUCAUCUGGAAUCGGAAGAGUCAAGUUCCCUUUUACAGACAGCAGUUUCGGUGCUGCAGCGCUCGUAUUUGGACUCUGCCUCUCAGGACAGUUUUCAGUACAGCCAAGCAGUUUUGGUGGAAAAUGAUGUUUUUCUAAGUGAGCUCAAAGCUUUUGCCCAAGCCAAGGAAGCCGCCGGGUACAGCCAGGAGGAGCUGGAGGAGACCUUUGCCUUUCUCUUGUUUGAUAAUGAAGAAGAGGUGAAAGAGGUGUGUCAGGCUGGCCUCCGUGUAAACAGCAGCUCUAUUUCCAUGCUUGGUGACCCAGCAAAAGGGGUUUAUAUUUCUAAGUAUGCCGACUGUCUUCAUCUGAGCCCCUGGUAUCAUGGAAAAUCAGGCUAUAUUGUCAUUUGCAAGCUAAUUAAGGGGAAGGUCAGGGUGGUAUCGGAGAAUUACACAACCAGCUACACCUGCCCAUCUCCUGGCUAUGACUGCCAUGUGGCUGUGAGCGGCGAUAACAUCCCAUCAAAGACCAGCCACUGCCAGGCCUUCGAGCAGAGCCAGUAUUACGUGUACGAAGUCUCUGACGGCAGCACUGUGGAGCGACCCAGGCAGAUCUGCCCAUACAUUGUCAUCGCCUGCCGGUACAAGGAGCCGAAGGAGAUGCCUCUCUUGGCUGUAGAGAACUUACCUGAGCUUGACCACAAAGCAUUGUACUGUCCAUGGAGGGGGCAGCUCUCCAUCCGGGGCCAGCUUUUGUGCGACAUUGCCCUGAGGACUCCAUACAGCUCCACAAUUCCAGCCCAGCUGCCUCCCAACCUGGAUAUUAACCAUGUCAUGGGUUUGUCUGACUUGAAGAAAAAGCUGCCAGAAGCUGCAUUUGGGAAAAGAAAUUACAUUGAGAAUGAAGUUUGCUUUCAAGGCGUUUACUUCAGUCUGUACGAAGUAGAAAUAUCGAAGAAAGAUCAAUAUAAAAUGGAUCAGCUGGUCAAAAAUCUAAAGGAAAAGGAUUUGGCAAUCAUCAAAUAUUUACAAGAUCGAGGAGUCCUUAUCCUUCUGACGUCCUCUGCCUUGGCACGAGAUGAUGGCUUUGACUCCAAGGAGCCUGUCGGCCUCCUGGCCCUGUUUCUCUUCUCCUCGUCCCGGUCGGUGUGUCUGAGAGCAGCUGAAAAGCACGAUCCAAAAGAUGGAAGAGAAGAAGGUGACAUCUCAUUAAAAAUAGCCUCCGUUUUGCCUGGACUUCGCUAUGCCUUGCAGAAAGCCACCAGUUCUUCAUGGGACGAUGCAAUCAGCACCAGCAAUCGGAUCAAACAGCACUUCCAGGAGUACACAAAGCUUGGUCAAUGCCCACAGCCCAUCUCUGAUCAAACCAAUGAAGAUCCCCUUUCUGCUCUUCUCUCGCCAAUGGAGGAUAAAGGUCCUAAUCCCACCCAAAAGUGCUCAGAGCAGACCUUCUCCCAGCUGCAGUGUUACCUCUCCAAUCCCAGCAGCUACACUCUGGAAGUGUCGGCUGCGUUAGAGUGCUUGACUGGUGCUGUUCAGUCUCUCUGCUGUGAUUCAGAAGUUGAUCAGAAAGUGGACAUCUCUCCAGCUUUGCCACCAGAUCCUUUUCCUCCCAACACAGCAGCAGAAAUAGAAGUCAAAAGUGAAAACCAGAAGUCCACCAUGAGGCCAGACCAGAUUGAAGAAGAGGCCACAAAAGACAUCAACGCAACCAGCAAGCUAUGGGUGCAGCCGAGCAGGAGGAAAUCCAGCCAAGCUGUUGUCACCAGCACCAGGAGGAUGUGGUCACCCCUCAAGAUGCAAAUGCAUCCUGUGGGGGACAGUGGCAGGAACAGGAAAGCAACCAAGAAGAAGAAAAUCAACAUCGCUUUCCCUUUUCCUAAAAAGCCAACACUCAUGGCCAGUUCCAACGAGCCCAUGCUCAAAUUGGCCCAUUUGCAGUUCCCACACAGAAGGAAAAGAGGUGCAGAGGUCCUGUCUGCAGAAUUUGUGCACAGAACCCAGUCUGAACCAGUCAAGAAGGAAACCUCGGCUCCCAACGAUCCUGGUGUGGAAACAAAGAGACCAAAGACACCCAAGGAUCCAGAGGUGGAAAAGGUUCCUCUUACUGAGACUGUCCCAAAGCCAGUGGAAAGUAAGACGUUAAGAAAUGUAGCCAACAGCCCAUCAAAACCUCAAGACAAAAAGCAAAUAGAAAGUGAGCAGAAAGAGCCAUCCUCUGUCCUCCCAAGCAAAGUUUCUUCCCAGCGCCGUGGAGCAGAGAGCCAAAUGAGUGAGAUUUACCCCAGCGGGGUUGCUGAUCUCUGUUCUGAUCUGAAGGGGAACAACUAUGAGUCCCACGCCUUGAACCUCCUGGCUGAUCUGGCUCUGGGUUCUUGUAUUCCUUCAUUUAUGCCCAGGGACAGUGGGAUGAUCCCUGUGUGCUUCAGCCCCUCCAGUGACUCGACAAAGGAGCCGCAGCACCAUCACAAGGACAAAUACUUGCACGUUGCUUCCGACCAUGAGUACCACAGGGUUGACAAGCUUGCAAAGGGAGCCACCUCUCCUAGCAAAGCAUCCCCUGACCAGAAGCUUCCUCCUGCUGAAAAAACAGACUUAAAUGAUUUGGCCAGUGCUCCCAGGGAGACAAGCUCGGGAAUGUUUAGCAGGAAGAACAAUGUGAGCCCCAGCCCUGCAAAACCCCAUGUGUUGCCUCCAAGAGAGACUCAAGAAGCUACCGAUGUGAACAAGCACUCUAUCAUCUCUGUGGAGCACUCCUACGCCUCGCAGAUGCCUGAGCACUCCAAGAGACACACGUAUCCCAGAGGUGCCCCUUACCCUGCACCAGCAACUUCCCGAAACGGAACCAGGAAUGCCCAAGCAGGACCCUUGGUUGGGAAAGUCCUACCUUUCUGCCGCCAGCAGAACAGCCCCCACCACCAGCGCCUCUUGGAGGCCAUGGCAAUGAGGCGCAGGAGGAGCCUGCUUUUCCCCAGGCUGAAGGAAGACUUUGCCAAGUCCCACACAGUCAAUGUCUGCGGCAAGUCCGUGAAGGUGACGUGUCAUUGGGAUGCAGAAUAUCUCUUCAGUUUGGACAGCAGAUAUACCAAGGAUGCUCUGGAGAAAACUGUCAUCCGUGCCCUCCAUGGGCCCUGGGACCCCGAUAUGCCCGAUGAUGUGGAAGAAAUGAAGCUGAUACUUCAUAUGUGGGUGGCUCUCUUCUACAGCAAACCCAGCAAAUUCCUGAGCAGCACGAGGAAGGUGGUGGAGCACAGCAACCCCGAGAAGUACGUCUCGAUAAACAGCUCUGGGGACAUUCUUGAGCUGAGCGAUGAUGGGGAGGACUGUUUUGGGUUGGAGACGUGCCCUGCAGACUCUCGAUCAGACCCUGACCAGAUUCCCAGCAGCUCUCUGGAUCGUAGCACACAUUGCCAGGGUUCUUUCCACCCAGAAAAAAGCCCUGCGGACUCUCAGACUGAUGCUGAUGGAUCUCCUGGUGUUGUCGAUAGUACUGUAUCAUCUUCUUCAGGGGAGCUGCCCAAUGGGGAGGAGGAACCUUCUUCCACAAGCUGUCCUGAGAGCAUUUCCCUCACUGAACAUGCUGAUGAGAGCCUGGUUGUGAAAGACAGGCAGCCAGCGGUUGUUCCUGAGGACCGUGUGCAGGAUGUCUCAACCAUCACGGCGGAGGAUUCGCCCAAGGAGGGACUGCUGGACGCUACGACUAACUCCAGCCCUUUUGGUGAACUUGGUGAUGUCAGCAAGCCCCCAGCUGCCCCAGGCAUGGAAAACCCAUGCAGGCAAGCUCCAAAUUCCAGUACAGCUCCCUGGAAUGCAGCUCUACGUGGAUGUGGAGAGCAGCAGGAAAGCGGGUGGGCAGCAGCAGCAAGGAAUGGCCCUGGCCCUCCUGACGACAAGGAGAACAUGAGAGAUGCUGGGCACUGUACGGAGAUUGAGGAGGGCAGCCGGGCCACCAGAGAUGGACCACAACAUGCCUGUGAGUCGAUGCCCUUAGAAGCACAUCUCAAAAGCACAAAGCCUGGUGAAGCCAGUGGGGAAGAGAGGGAAUCACAAGACCCCUUCAGACAUCCAGAAAAAGAGGAGGGAGAGGUGGAGGAGGUAAAAAAAGAGAAAGAGGACUCUGAAUAUGAAAGUCCAGGCCUGGAGGCUGUUGAUUUAGCGUUUUCUGAAAGCAGUGAUGCCAACAUGGAGCAUGAACAUAGCGAGCAGGAGCCAGUGAAUUCAGCCUGUCCAAAGGACUUUGGCAUUCCUGGAGAGGGCCCUGUACCCAGCCCUGCUGCCUUAGUGUCCCCAAGCCCAGACAGAUCAACACCAGUGCAGCCAGAUGGGACUGAAACUGGCCCUCAAAGGCUUCCUGAUGAGAUGGCACCAAGACCAGACACACUGCAAGAGCCCUGCAAGGCUCUGGCCACCCCAAAUGCAGAGACAAAUGGUCCUGGUUUGGCCCACACGGGCAGGCCGGCUGAUGUGGGGUCACCCUGUGGCAGUGGGUCAGCACUGCCGUUGUCAUCAGAUCCAAGUCUUGUGUGUGAGGCGCAGCGAGACAGCAUUACAGACAACGUGGGACCUGCUGGAGAGACGCUAAGGGACAACUUGGAGCAGACAUACAAGGAAGGGGACGGCUUGGAGCAGAAAAACAAUGAGCGGGCGCCCUCUGCAGAAAGGUGGGCAACUGCUGGGAGCAAAGCCACCAACACAGCUGGCCUUGAGUCACCAUCACUAACCUUGUCCCCUGACUCCAACUCUGUCUGCCGGACAUCUCUUGAUGGAGCAACAGAUCCUGCAGCUGCUCCAGAGGACCAGGAGGCCAUGGCAAGCAUCCAGUCUCCAUCACAGAGCGAGCUGGGAGGCAGCAGCUGCCUUCCUCAAAGGUGUGGAGGCAAUGUUUGUGCUGACCUCAAUUUGCUGAGCGCUGGUGAAUCAAACCAAGGAGGAAAGAAGGUUUCGGUGGAAGAACAGUGUGGUAGCCCUUCUGCCAGCUGCACAGAUGUGCUGGAUGAGUCCUGCGGAGCAGGUAAUGGCCAGGGCUUCACCUUUGACUGUACAGUCUUAGCAGGUGCCUCUGAAGCUGGGGAGAGUGAUGACGUGUGCCUCAGCGCAGAGAAGUCCCCCAGGACUGACAAAGCGGAUACAGUGGUGAUAACUAACGCAGCACAGGAGCCAGACACCUCUCUCCAUCACCUCUUGGAAUCAGAGCCUUCCUCCUUGGUGAAUGAGGGGAUGUCAGCUGUGAAAGAGCACCCCAAGCAGCAUCAGAGCUCCCCAAAUGAAUGGUCCCCACCUGCCUGUGCAGGCUCGGCUCCUUCUUCUCCCCGAGAACAGGACUUUCUCCCCUGUGGCAGAGACGCAGACACCCACCACCUGUUGUUAGAGCAAAGUGAGCAGGGGCCAGUCCUGCACGAACAUGGGGAGCCCUGUGAGUCAGUGGGUGCUGAGGAGGUGAGUCUGGCUGCUGAGACCCCAGAUGGCUCCUUAAAGCCUAAAUGUGCAGAAGAGGUGAAAAAAGACACAGCUCCAUGCCAUGCCAAGCAGGCAGAAAGCUCUCCUGUGGAUGUGCUUGUGCCAGGAGACCUGGGAUCAAUGCCUCCUUCUCCUCUGCGUGGUCACAAAGCAGGUCUGUGCAGCACUGAGCCGGAUUCAGGUCUUGGUGUGCACACCGAGACACUCUCUCCUGGCGUGAGUUUGGCUCCAGAUGGUUCCCCACACUCCUGUUGCAUGGAGCACGAGCAGGUAGAGAGCUCUCCUGUAGAUGUGCUUGUGUCAGGGGACCUGGGAUCAAUGCCUCCUUCUCCUCUGCAUGGUCACAAAGCAGGUCUGUGCAGCACUGAGCCGGAUUCAGGUCUUCAUGUGCACACCGAGACACUCUCUCCUGGCAUGAGUCCGGCUCCAGAUGGUUCCCCACACUCCUGCUGCAUGGACACCACCUGCCCCGGGUCUGCCAGCCCUGGGGGCCAAGUAGUGGAUGUGGUAGGGAGCCAUGAGGAGGAACCCAUCCUGCUUGAGGAUUUGGAAAGUGGAAGCAGCGUCCCUCUUGCCAGUCCUGCAUCUUUUUCACCUGAGCAGUCUCUUGUGCCACUUUACAAGCCCCAAUCUUGGCACGAGGCUGAGGUAUCCGACACGUUUCCUGAGCUGCAUCGUGCCAGCAUGGAGGUGGGAGAGGGAAAAAGCCCCACUUUGCCCUUCCUGAUGGUGCCGUUCCGUGUGCACGGAGGGUUCUCUGGAGAAAGCUCGGAGCUUAGUGAUGCUGAGGAUGCUUCAGACAUGCUCCCACGGGCAGAGCAGCUCCCCAGCAAAGACAGACACAUGGGCUUGACGUUUGAAGAUCAGUUUCAGUCUUUCUCUGGCGACUCAGACGAGGAGUAUUUUGGAAGGACUUCCCAGUCUCGGGGUUCCUACAGCACGAGAUCCAUGGAUACUGCAGAUGCAAGGACUAACUGUGCCUCCUCCACAAGCUCAGAGCACACAGAGGGGUGCAGCGAGGAGUGGUGUUCGCUGGGCACUGAGCGGGGCUGGACACGGGCUGAGCACCACUGGCCCAUCGGCCUGGGGAGAACCAGCAGUGGGCACAUUCCACCUUAUGUGAAUUUUAGGGACAGCCAGGGGUUCACCAAGGACUACCAGAACAUCAUGGUCACCAAAACGUUCCAGGAAAGGAUGGGAAAACCCCAGCCUUUGAAGAGGCACAGCCACUGUGCAGGGCGGUCUCAUUUGUUAAGGUCACUGAGGGGGACUUGGAGGGGUUUUGAGGAACUCACCCAGCACACUUUGGAUAUGGAGUAUCUCCGUUUCCAUUAUAAGCUAAAACAGAUCCUAAGGAGUGGGAAACCACCCUUUUCUACCUCCAAAAGCAUCUUUCCAAAAGACUUUUCUCCUCAGGUGAUGUCUGAGGCAUUACCUGGGCGAGAAGCUCCCAUCUCGCUCUCUGCGCGGAGUAGGAGCCCUUUGCAGGUGACGAUCCUGCCCUCGGAUGCAUGGCAGAGCAGGCUUAGCUGGCGCCAGCCAAGCAGCUUGCACGAGGACCUGUGUCCCCCGUGGCAGGACACCCUCUGUGGUGAGAGGAGCAGGGCCAGAUCCCAAACCAGGAGCCAGGGCCAUCCUUUCCACCUCAGCAAGCUCCGAUACGAUAAUAAGCUAAAAGACUCACAUGGGGACAUCGGUGACAUCCUUGAUGAGUACGCUAAGUUCCACAGGGUGAUGCUGAGCAGGGUGGAUGCGAGGAGUGAGGGCAAAGGGCCCAUCCCGGUAUGCGAAGAGGCCACGAGCAAGUGUACAUGCGCAUCGCUUCCUGGGAGGAUGGGCACCUUUGAGGACACGAUCACAGACCUGUGCGACACACUGCAUUCCCACCUGCACAGCCUGGCCAAGGAGGCGUGCACGCACACCAGCAUGUUCUACCUGGUGGAGACGGGCAAGGACCCUUUCUUCUCAAGAGUGAAGACUUUGCUGAAGAAAGACGGCCACGUGGAGAUAGAACCUCUGAGCUUCUGUGAAGCAGAACAGCCAGACACCAACAGGCUGCUCGUUGUGAUUAGGAAUGAGGACAUCUCCUCACACAUCUACCACGUCCCAUGUUUGCUGAAGCUAAAGCACUGUCCGAAUGUGGUGUUUGCUGGAGUGGACAGUCCCGAAGAUAUAAUGGGUCACACAUACCAGGAGCUGUUUCAUACCGGUGGCUUUGUGGUGUCGGAUGAUGAGCUGUUGGAAAUGGUAACACUGGGCCAACUGAGAGAGGUGGUGAAGGUGCUGGAAAAGCUGAACAGAAGCGGGAAGUGGAAGUGGCUCCUUCACUACAAGGAAAGCAAGAAGCUCAGAGGACACAGCAGCAGGGUGGAUGCCAAUGCCCGUAAGAAGGACUUGAUCCUCAAAUCAUGCCAAGGGGCCGAUCUCAUUGAGGUGCUGCACUACCACACCUGCGACUCCGGGUCAUCCCCCAAAUCCGAGUAUGUCAGGUGCUUAUUGGACCUGCAGGUUCAGCACAUCAGCGCCAGGUUCGCUGUGUAUCUCACAGAAAAGCCCAGCAGCAGCAGGGAGGUCCUUGAAAGCAAAGGAAUCCUCGUGGUGGACGUCAAUGCCUUUCUUGGGACAGUGCAGAAAGUGGCUGCUCCGUUUAGAAGAAGCUACUGGUAACGAAGCGAAGCUGCAGCACGGUUCCUCCCCACGCCCCAUGGCGCUGGUUUGGGCAUCCUGCUCCUCUGCGGGACGGCCCUGACAUCCCAGUGGGUUUUGGGUGCCGCACACAGGAGCUGCGCAGAGAGAGGUUGCCUCUGAUGCUGUAAAUAGGAAUUAUUUAACAAUGGCUCGUGUGCCAGUCCUCCUGGGAUUUCCUCCCUGCUGUCACGUAUAGGACAGAGCUUAUUUUAACAUUAUACAGUUUUAAAUUAUUGGAGCCUUUCCAAAGGAUGGCAAAAAAAAAAAAAGGAAAAAAUACGUUCAAAAAGCCGUUUACUUGAAGGUCAGGAGUGCACGAUAAUGCGGUUCCUGCAUGGCAGUUGCUGUACAGGCCGGACACAGGAUGCGUGCGGUGCUGGGCGUAGAAGUUAAAUGAGUGCUGGGACCUGCGCCUGCCUGCAAGCUGCUCCUCUUCCCUCUUGGUACCAUUUCCAGCACAUGGAAGCAUUGUAAAUAGCCGAGUUCCAGGAUGCAGAAACAAAAACCCUCUUAUUUAUGGUAGCUCAAACACACCCUGGGGAGAAAACGCUGCAUUGAAGCCCUUUGUAAGAUUCCCGACCUAUGGAUGUGGAGGACAGCGUCGUCCUCCGUUUUAAUAAAAGGAUGCAAGACAUUCUGUACUGGAGUUUGAUUACUAAAACCUAAAAGCUUACUUUUCUCGUGCUGCUGAUCUCUGGAACAGGGAUUCGCGCACAGCAGCGCUUCUCCCAUCAGCAGGAUUGGACCCUCAUACCUGGCUCAAUGGGAAAUCAGCUCUGAUCUGCGUUGAUCCCAGCUUUGAAGCCCACACGAGAAGGAAGGAGCGAGCAAGACGCGUGUGUGGAGACUCAGGCCUGCAGGCUCAAGGCUGUCUUCAUUCCCAGAUUGAGAGGUGGAUGGAGACAGGAAGGAAUAACCCAACAAUUGAAGCACUGAGGAGCAGGAGGUCUGCAUUAGGGUCUCUCUCUUUCCUCUUCCACCCCCUCACACUGAGAGGCUGGAGUGUGUCCAGAGAAGGGCAACGAAGCUGCCGAAGGGGCUGGAGAACAAGGGUUAUGAGAGGCAGCUGAGGGACCAGGGGUUGUUUAGCCUGGAGGAGGCUGAGGGGAAACCUUAUCACUGUCUACAACAACUGCCUGAAAGGAGGUUAUGGUGAGAUGGAUGCCAGCCUCUUCUCCUAAGUGACAGGUGAUAGGACAAGAGGAAAUGGCCUCAAGUUGCUCCAGGGCAGGUUCAGAUUGGACAUGAGGAAAAGUUUUUUCACUGAAAGGGUUCUCAGGCCCUGGCAGAGGCUGCCCAGGGAGGUGGUGAAGUCGCCAUUCCUGGAGGUGUUUAAAAGACGAGGAGAUGAGGUGCUCAGGGAUCUGGUUAAGUCAUGGACAAGUACAAUUGGACUCGAUCUUAAAGGUCUUCUCCAACUGAGCAAUUCUAGGAUUCUGUUUCUCACCUGUAGGAAGGGUCAGCUCGGUGCCACCAAGCACUGAAGCCACUCGAGAGAGAAGUGCAAGGCGAGGCAGAACGGCUUCCCCAGCCACCACUCUGCCCCUCGCUCCCAGCAGGCCCCGACAUGGGCAGGUGGUUCCUGGAACCUGAGUGCAGUGGAAGGAAGUGCUGAAAGCCCCUGAACCCAAGAGGGAAGGGGCUGUGGGUUUAGCGCAGCACCGCUGGGUGAAGGGAUGUGGUUACAGAGCCAGCUCCUCUUCGAAGGGACAGAGGAGCCCUUUGGUAGCGAUUGGACCCGGCCAACUGCGGCAGCUGAAAGCACAAAGCUGGUCCCAAGCCUUUCCUCCUCUUUUUCGCAGACAUUUGGCAUUGCUGUGCAGACACACAAGCCGUUCUCCCACCAGGGUUGGUUCAGGCUGCAGGGUCUCAGCCAGGGGAAGCUCCCAAGAGGAUCAGCUCUUAUUCAGAAAUGGAUCAAAGCCCUGCGGAGCAACCAUGAGAGCAAGGAUUUUUCACUGCUUCUCCAAGGACUGCAUGUUCAGCUGGCUGAGCAUGGGCCAGCAGUGGCCCAGGUGGCCAAGAAGGCCACUAACAUCCUGGCUUGGAUCAGCCAUGGGGUGGCCAGCAGGAGCAGUGAAGGGAUUGUAACCCUGGACUCAGCACUAGUGGGGCCACACCUCAAAUCCUGGGUUCAGUUUUGGGCCUCUCACUGUAAGAAAGACCUUGAGGGUCUGGAGCGCAUCCAGAGAAGGGCAACAUAGUUGGGGAAGGGGCUGGAGAACAAGUCUUAUGAGGAGUGGCUGAGGGAUCUGGGGUUGUUUAGCCUGGAGGAGGCUGAGGGGAGACCUUAUUGCUGUCUACACUUCUCUGAAGGAGCUUGUAGCGAUGUGGGUGUUGGUCACUUCUCCCAAGUGACAGUCAAUGGGAUGAGAGGAAAUAGCCUCUCAUUGCACCAGGGCAGGUUCAGACUGGGUAUCAGGAAAGCUUUCUUCACCACAAAGGUUCUCAGGCCCUGGUGGAGGCUGCCCAGGGAGGUGGUGGUGUCCCCAUCCCUGGAGGUGUUUAAAAGAUGGGGAGAUGAGGGAUCUGGUUUUAGUAGUGGACAGGUACAGUUGGACUCCAUGAUCUCAAAGGUCUUUUCCAACCAACGGAUUCCACGAUUUUCUGGAUGCAGGCACUGGGGUGGCUUCAGGGAGGGAACAGGCACAGGUACAAGAGCCUGAGACACCAGGACAAGCCUAACGCUGUGGCCUCUUCUCCCCACCCAAAGGCCUGGGAGCAGCUGGAGCCGGGCAGCCCAAGCAAGGCCGAG